GACGACACUACGUCCAAAGAUUUACGGCGUGAAUGUGGCCGCUAUGGUCCAAUAGUUGAUGUCUAUGUUCCACUUGAUUUCUACACACGACAUCCAAGAGGACUAGCUUAUGUUCAAUUUGAGGCUGUUCAUGAUGCUGAAGAUGCUUUACAUAAUUUGGACAUAAAAUGGAUUUGUGGAUGUCAGAUCGAAAUACAGGUUGCACAAGGGGAUCAAGGGGGUUUUUUUUGUAAGACAUUAAAUCAAAUGAAAGCCAAGGAAGGAGGGAAUGUGUACAGUUCUUCACAUUAUGAUGAUUAUGACAGAUAUAGACAUUCAAAGAGCCGGUACUAUGAAAGGAGGCGAUCAAGAAGUCGGUCUUCUAAUUACAACUGUAGAAGAUCUUACAGUCCUAGAAAUAGACUGAAUGGAAGACUACGACGUAGCAAAAGUCAUUCCGACAAUGAUAGACCAAACUGCUGGAGUACCCAGGACAUUUCUGCUUACUACACUUCACGAAAGAUCUGA